UGCGCACGCCCAAAGGGCUCCGCCGCUUCUUAGCGCUCCACUACCUUCCUGCGCGUGCGUCGGGUUUCCUGCCGUCAGGUUUUCCUUUUCCGGGUCUCAACUAGGCCCGUCGCACGCAUGCGCCACUGUUGGCUGGCGGCUCGCGGUUCCUUCCGGCCUCCCCCUUGGGCCGGCUCCUGCAGUAGCCGGGCGAGCGCGGAGCCCGAAGAGAGUGACCUGUAACCCCGGAAGUGGACCUCAGGGUCCCGGGGCUCUCCCCGGGCCAGAGCCGAGGGAGCCGUCGUCUGCACCCCCGGAGCACCCACUCCACGCCCAUCUCUGGAUGCCGCCGACGGGUGCCCGGCCCGUGCCCCGCGCCUGCCUACCGGAUCGGCCCCUCGGAACAGUUCUGGGCCGGGGGUGGGGGCCUGGACCCCGCCCCUGAUGAGGCUCCACCCCCGCGCCCAGGCCUCGCUCCGCUGACUGCUCCGGCCGGCCCCGCCCCCUGCCCGCCCCCUUGCCCGGGCGACCCCUCUCCCCCGCUGGGGGAGGCCAUGGCGUGAGCUCGAGGCCGGGCCCCGGGGCCCUCGGGCGCCAGGCGGGGCAUGGGCCGGCGGCCGCCCCCAUGAGGGUCCCGGGAGGGGGGCGCGCGCAUCAGCGGCGGGGCCAUGGGGUCGCAGGUAUUGCAGAUCCUGCGCCAGGGGGUGUGGGCCUCGCUCACCGGCGGUUGGUUCUUCGACCCGCACCAGAGUACCUUCUCCAACUGCUUCCACCUUUAUGUCUGGAUCUUCCUGCUCACCUUUCCCUUCUUGCUGUACAUGGUCCUGCCCCCCAGCUUGAUGGUGGCCGGUGUGUACUGCCUUGUGGUGGCUGUCAUCUUCGCUACUAUCAAGACUGUGAACUAUCGGCUGCAUGCUAUGUUCGACCAGGGCGAGAUCGUGGAGAAGCGCAACUCUACCAUGGGGGAGCCGGAAGAAGAGCCUGCACAGGGGGACAGCAGUUUGCCCAGGGACCCCGGAGUGGAGAUGACAGUGUUUCGGAAAGUGAGUUCUACACCGCCGGUACGCUGUAGCUCCCAGCAUUCCGUGUUUGGCUUCAAUCAGGUCUCGGAGCUGCUGCCCCGGAUGGAGGACUCCGGGCCCCUCAGAGACAUCAAGGAGCUGGUUCGGGAGCAGGGCAGCAACAACGUGAUCGUGACCUCGGCUGAUCGAGAGAUGCUGAAGUUAAGCUCACAGGAGAAACUGAUUGGAGACCUUCCCCAGACACCCCCGGGGGCUGCCCCAGACCCCUCUCUCCCCAGCACAGACUCUUCAGAACGUUCUCCCCUGGCUGGGGAUGGAGCCCCCUGGAGGGGGAGCAGUGUGGCCGAUACUCCCAUGAGCCCCCUUCUGAAGGGGAGCCUCAGCCAGGAGCUGAGCAAGAGCUUCCUGACCCUGACCCGGCCUGACCGGGCCCUGGUGAGGACCAGCAGUCGACGGGAACAACGCCGGGCAGCAGGCGGCUACCAGCCCCUGGACAGGCGGGGCUCUGGGGAGCCCACACCCCAGAAAGCCGGCUCCUCGGAUUCCUGCUUCAGUGGCACUGACAGGGAGACGCUGAGCAGCUUUAAGAGUGAGAAAACCAACUCCACCCACCUGGACAGUCCCCCUGGGGGGCAAGCCCCGGAGGGCAGCGACACAGACCCACCCUCUGAGGCUGAGCUGCCUGCGUCACCAGAUGCUGGAGUCCCCUCAGAUGACACCCUGCGUUCCUUUGACACGGUCAUAGGAGCAGGGACGCCACCGGGCCCAGCCGAGCCGCUCCUGGUCGUGCGGCCCAAGGACUUGGCCUUGUUGCGGCCCAGCAAACGGCGGCCACCCAUGCGAAGACACUCCCCACCUGGCCGUGCCCCUCGGCGGCCCCUGCUUGAAGGCGGGGGCUUCUUUGAGGACGAAGACACCAGCGAGGGCAGCGAACUGAGCCCGGCCUCCAGCCUCCGAUCUCAGCGCCGCUACAGUACUGACAGCUCUUCUUCUACUUCCUGCUAUUCCCCCGAGAGCUCCCGUGGUGCAGCAGGGAGACCCCGGAAGCGACGGGCCCCCCAUGGGGCUGAGGAGGGGACGGCUGUGCCCCCCAAGCGGCCCUAUGGGACCCAGCGGACGCCUAGUACCGCCAGCGCCAAAACGCAUGCCCGAGUGCUGAGCAUGGAUGGGGCAGGGGGCGAUGUCCUCAGGGCCCCCCUGGCUGGCUCCAAGGCUGAGCUGGAGGCCCAGGCGGGGGUGGAGCUGGCUGCUGGGGAGCCCGCUCUGCUGCCUGCUGAGGCCCACAGGGGACCUGCCGCCAACCAGCCCGGCUGGCGGGGGGAGCUGCAAGAGGAAGGUGCUGUGGGGGGAGCGGCCGAGGAGACCGGCAAGCGGGACCGCACAAGCAGUGUGAGGCGUACUCAGGCGAUCCGCAGGCGCCACAAUGCGGGAAGCAACCCCACCCCUCCAGCCUCUGUUAUGGGCUCGCCGCCCAGCAGCCUACAGGAAGCUCAGCGGGGCCGGGCCGCCUCUCACUCCCGGGCGCUGACGCUGCCCUCCGCCCUGCACUUUGCUUCCUCGCUGCUGCUCACCCGGGCCGGCGCCACCGUUCACGAGGCCUGCACCUUUGAUGACACCUCCGAGGGCGCCGUGCACUACUUCUACGACGAGAGCGGCGUGCGGCGUUCCUACACCUUUGGCCUGGCUGGAGGCGGCUACGAGAACCCUGUGGGGCAACAGGGGGAGCAGGCAGCCAAUGGAGCUUGGGACCGCCACUCACACUCCUCCAGUUUCCACUCGGCUGAUGUCCCUGAGGCGGCAGGUGGCCUGAACCUGCUGCAGCCAAGGCCAGUGGUUCUGCAGGGUAUGCAGGUGCGCCGCGUGCCCCUGGAGAUCCCAGAGUUUGACCUGCUGGACCAGGACUCCCUGCACGAAUCCCAGGAGCAGACGCUGAUGGAGGAGGCACCACCUCGUGCCCAGCACAGCUACAAGUACUGGCUUCUUCCUGGCCGCUGGACGUCUGUGCGCUAUGAGCGGCUGGCCCUCCUGGCCCUCCUGGACCGGACUCGGGGGCUGGUGGAGAACAUACUCGGCGUAGGCCUGAGCAGCCUCGUUGCCUUCUUGGGCUACCUGCUGCUGCUUAAGGGCUUCUUCACGGAUAUCUGGGUCUUCCAGUUCUGCUUGGUCAUUGCCUCCUGCCAGUAUUCCCUGCUGAAGAGUGUCCAGCCUGAUGCGGCAUCUCCCAUGCACGGCCACAACUGGGUGAUCGCAUACAGCCGGCCUGUCUACUUCUGUAUCUGCUGUCUGCUCAUCUGGCUGCUGGACGCCCUGGGCUCAGCUCAGCCCUUCCCACCCGUCUCCCUGUACGGCCUCACGCUCUUCUCUGCCUCCUUCUUCUUCUGUGCCCGGGACGUGGCCACUGUGUUCACCUUGUGCUUCCCGUUCGUCUUCCUCCUGGGCCUCCUGCCCCAGGUCAACACUUGCCUCAUGUACCUGCUGGAGCAGAUAGAUAUGCACGGCUUUGGGGGUACAGCCGCCACCAGCCCGCUCACUGCCGUCUUUAGCCUCUCCCGCAGCCUGUUGGCUGCUGCCCUGCUCUACGGCUUCUGCCUUGGGGCCAUCAAGACUCCUUGGCCGGAGCAGCACGUCCCUGUCCUCUUCUCGGUCUUCUGUGGCCUCCUGGUGGCCCUGUCCUACCACCUGAGCCGUCAGAGCAGUGACCCCACUGUGCUCUGGUCUCUGAUUCGGAGCAAGCUCUUCCCCGAGCUGGAGGAGCGGAGCUUGGAGACGGCUCGGGCCGAGCCCCCAGACCCACUGCCAGACAAGAUGCGCCAGUCGGUGCGUGAGGUCCUGCACUCUGACCUGGUGAUGUGUGUGGUGAUCGCCGUGCUCACCUUUGCCAUCAGCGCCAGCACCGUCUUCAUCGCCCUGAAGUCGGUGCUGGGGUUCGUAUUGUACGCACUGGCUGGGGCCGUGGGCUUCUUCACGCAUUACCUGCUGCCGCAGCUCCGCAAACAGCUGCCCUGGUUCUGCCUGUCGCAGCCUGUGCUGAAGCCGUUGGAGUACAGCCAGUAUGAAGUUCGAGGCGCUGCGCAGGUGAUGUGGUUUGAGAAGCUGUAUGCCGGCCUGCAGUGCAUCGAGAAGUACCUCAUCUACCCCGCCGUGGUGCUCAACGCCCUCACGGUGGACGCCCAUGCUGUCGUCAGCCACCCGGACAAGUUCUGCCUCUACUGCCGGGCGCUGCUGAUGACCGUGGCUGGGCUGAAGCUGUUGCGCUCAGCCUUCUGCUGCCCGCCCCAGCAGUACCUAACCUUGGCCUUCACUGUUCUGCUCUUCCACUUCGACUACCCACGCCUCUCCCAGGGCUUUUUGCUUGACUACUUCCUCAUGUCCCUGCUCUGCAGCAAGCUGUGGGACCUGCUGUACAAGCUGCGUUUUGUGCUGACCUACAUCGCGCCCUGGCAGAUCACCUGGGGCUCGGCUUUCCACGCUUUUGCCCAGCCCUUUGCCGUGCCACACUCGGCCAUGCUGUUCGUUCAGGCCCUGCUCUCGGCACUUUUCUCCACGCCACUUAACCCCCUGCUGGGCAGUGCCGUCUUCAUCAUGUCCUACGCGCGGCCCCUCAAGUUCUGGGAGCGCGACUACAACACUAAACGUGUGGAUCAUUCCAACACCCGCCUGGUCACCCAGCUAGAUCGGAACCCAGGCGCUGACGACAACAACCUCAACUCCAUCUUCUAUGAGCACUUGACGCGUUCGCUGCAGCACACGCUGUGUGGGGACCUGGUGCUGGGCCGCUGGGGCAACUACGGCCCCGGCGACUGCUUCGUCCUGGCCUCUGACUACCUCAACGCCCUGGUGCACCUCAUCGAGGUUGGCAAUGGCCUCGUCACCUUCCAGCUGCGUGGCCUUGAGUUCCGGGGUACCUACUGCCAGCAGCGCGAGGUAGAGGCCAUCACGGAGGGCGUGGAGGAGGAUGAGGGCUGCUGCUGCUGUGAGCCUGGCCACCUGCCACGGGUCCUGUCCUUCAAUGCCGCCUUUGGGCAGCGCUGGCUGGCCUGGGAGGUGACGGCCAGCAAGUACGUCCUGGAGGGCUACAGCAUCAGCGACAAUAACGCCGCCUCCAUGCUGCAGGUGUUUGACCUCCGCAAGAUCCUCAUCACUUACUACGUCAAGAGCAUCAUCUACUACGUCAGCCGCUCACCGAAGCUGGAGGCGUGGCUGAGCCACGAGGGCAUUGCAGCAGCCCUGCGGCCCGUGAGGGCGCCGGGCUACGCUGACUCGGACCCCACCUUCUCACUGAGCGUGGAUGAGGACUAUGACCUCCGCCUCUCCGGCCUCUCACUGCCCUCCUUCUGCGCGGUGCACCUCGAGUGGAUCCAGUACUGCGCCUCCCGGCGCAGCCAGCCCGUGGACCAGGAUUGGAACUCGCCGCUGGUCACGCUGUGUUUUGGCCUGUGCGUGCUGGGCCGGCGGGCCUUGGGGACGGCCUCGCACAGCAUGUCGGCCAGCCUGGAGCCCUUCCUGUACGGCCUGCACGCCCUGUUCAAGGGGGACUUCCGCAUCACCUCCCCACGCGAUGAGUGGGUCUUUGCCGACAUGGACCUACUUCAUCGCGUGGUGGCGCCUGGAGUUCGCAUGGCCCUCAAGCUCCACCAGGAUCACUUCACGUCCCCAGAUGAGUAUGAGGAGCCCGCCGCCUUGUACGACGCCAUCGCAGCCAACGAGGAGCGGCUGGUCAUCUCGCACGAGGGCGACCCAGCCUGGCGCAGCGCCAUCCUCAGCAACACGCCCUCGCUGCUGGCCCUUCGUCACGUCCUGGAUGACGCCUCCGACGAGUACAAGAUCAUCAUGCUUAACCGGCGCCACCUCAGCUUCCGAGUCAUCAAGGUGAACCGCGAGUGUGUACGUGGCCUGUGGGCCGGGCAGCAGCAGGAGCUGGUGUUCUUGCGCAACCGCAACCCCGAACGCGGUAGCAUCCAGAACGCCAAGCAGGCCCUCCGCAACAUGAUCAAUUCUUCCUGUGACCAGCCACUGGGCUACCCCAUCUAUGUGUCCCCCCUCACCACCUCGCUGGCCGGCAGCCACCCCCAGCUGCGGGCACUGUGGGGUGGCCCUGUCAGCCUGAGUGCCAUUGCCCGCUGGCUUCUGCACAGCUGGGAGAGGCUUCAUAAGGGCUGUGGUGCCGGCUGCAAUAGUGGCGGGAACGUGGAUGACUCGGACUGUGGCGGAGGCGGUGGCUUAGGCUCCCUCAGCAAUAACCCCCCCUUGGCACACCCCACACCUGAGAACACAGCAGGCAGUGGAGACCAGCCCCUCCCUCCGGGUCCAGGCUGGGGCCCUCGGCCUUCCCUGAGCGGCUCUGGUGAUGGGCGCCCCCCUCCUCUGCUGCAGUGGCCACCCCCUCGGCUCCCUGGACCAACCCCUUCUUCUCCCGCCCCCACUGAGGGUCCCCGGCCCUCAAGAACCCCUGGCCCCGGUCUCCUCAGUUCUGAGGGUCCCAGCGGGAAGUGGACCCUGGGGGGUCGGAAGGGGCUGGGGGGAUCUGAGGCAGAGCCAGCCUCAGGGAGCCCCAAAGGAGGCACCCCCAAAUCUCAGGCGCCCCUAGACCUCAGCCUCAGCCCGGAUAUCAGCACCAAUGCCUCCUCGCCCGCCAGAGCAGCCCAGGACAUUCCUUGCUUGGACGGCAGUGCUCCUGAAAGUGGCACACCCACUGGGAUCCUGGGUGACUGGCCUGCCCCUGCUGAGGAGCGUGAGAGCCCGGCUGCCCAGCCCCUGCUGGAGCAUCAGUACUGAGUGGCCUGGUACCCUCUGGAUCCCAGCCCUAGGAUUCAGUAACUUGGAUCCCUGGUCUCUGGCCCUCUGCUGGACCACAGAACUGAGUGGCUUUGGCUUCCACAUCUGAACCCUGACCUCUGGCUGCCUUAGCCAGCGUACCGGAACUAAGUGGCCCAGACUUCCGGCCUUGAUCCCUGAUCUCUCAUCCCUAGUCGAGGGCCUGGGCUCCCUAAACUGAGGCAGGCAGCCUCCCAGCCAGGCCCUAGAAGUCAAACCCAUGGGCUGGUCCCGUUUCGAGCCCGUGGCCAGGACUGUCUUGGCCCCUGGGCCUGCACUGCCUGCAGGGGCAGCCCCUUGGCCUGGACCGGGGGCUGAAAUGUGGGAAGGGUGGUUUCUUUUUUUCUUUUCUUUUUUUUUUUUUCUUUCUUUCUUCUUUUUUUUUUUUUUUUUUUUUUUUUUUUUUUUUCGUGCUUCAGAGACACCAGAAUAACACUAUUUUUGAUUUUG